GCUUUACUUGAGAAAUUUUUCUUAAAGUGUAUUUUUAAUUAAAUUCAUCAGAUGGCUCUAAAAGUCAAUUCAAAAAUCAUUAUUUUAUGUCGGUAAUGCAGAAAAAGCCAACAGUUUACCAACAUAAGAUACAAGUCAACAAUAAUUAUAUUCAAAUGGCGCUGUUGAUCAAAAACAAAAUUGAAAAUGACGCCAUAUUGUUUGUGAUUCUUCAUGAAAAAAUAACGCAAAUCUGUAACGCUCGUCAAAACAUAAUCAAACAACAAUUUUUAACGAAAUAAAAAGUAUUAUUAUGGCGUUUCGACCUUUAUGGCCAAAUUUACAACCUCGAGCAACGGAUCCAUUAUGGUUUAAUGCUGAUAAACCUUGUGAUGAUGAAGAAGAAGUAGAAAAAUUGGAGGCCCAAAGUCAAAUUUGGAAAGAUAGAUAUCGAACAAUUAGUAGUGAUCAAAUACCUAUAGGAAAAUCAGCUAGUGAUUUUAGAGGUUCAGAGGAAGAAGAUGACGAAGAGGAAGAGGAAGAAGGUGAGGAGGAAGAAGAAUCUGAUACUCAUGAAGAGGAAGAAGAAGAAUUUGAUGAAAUUGACAUGGAAGUGAGUUAUACACAACAACAACAAAGAUCUAGUCCAACUGAUACUCCUACUGAUCCGGUAUCUAUCCGAAUGGUCACUCAUACUCCUCGAUAUCCUUAACAAGAUCUAUUAUCUCCACUAUUUUCUUUAUAAUUUGAAAAUAGUUCAAGGCAAGAAUUAUGUUCACGUAUAUACAUAUAUUUAUUUAUUUCCAAGUUAUGA